AUGGAUGAUCCUGCCCAUUUACUAGACUGGCUACCGGAAGUCCCACUCGACACAGAUCAAAGCACCUUGUCCGAUUUGAUGAUCUAUGCAGACUCGGAUUAUCCUGAAACCAGACAUAAAAUCCAACUGAAGUUCAUUGAUGAUAGAGAAGAUGUGCAGGCUUUCAGUUCGGAGAAUGCAGCCAGACAUCGGCGGUCAAUUUUCUCAGCCUACGAUUGCAAAGUUGAGUCUGAUGUCGAUAUACAAGAUUCUGAACGCCUUGCCAUGAGCGAGGUAAUCACUCGCUCCGUGCCCAGUAGAAACAUCAAUAAAGCUCUAUCCGAUUUAGAGGUCCUCAACGAUGACAUCGAUUCUCAUGUGGGAUGGUCUCAGUUUCGUGGACCAUUCGGGGCAUUCAGAAUGUCACCACAAAAGUGGCUUUCACCAGGAUGUGUUGAAUCUGAGAGGAUAAAAUUGCCUCUCCAGCAAUGGGAGCAAGAGCUGGAGGAGACAUUGAGAGGUGACGAAUUUGAAUUCGACAAUCUUGUGGUACAAGGAAUGACUGCCAAUGACAACUGGAUACCGGAAGAAGCCGAUUUAUUGCCAACUCACAGCACACAAAUAUGCUCACUUGAGCCACAACUCCAACCACAUAUUAAAAUUUUUGGCGGGAAUAUAGAAGGCUGGACUCUACUGUCCCACUAUAAAGACCAGAUCGUGCCCCUGAUUUCUCCCUUGCGUCGUGGCCAGGAGUCUCCGUGGAUCAGUUUGGUUAUACCAUGUGCAGUCACAACGUUGGGCGAAUUGACAAUAAAUGGGUCGGUAAAUCAUGCGAGACUGGCACUAUUGAAUGCAGUGUGGGGAAACAGUUCCUUCCAUCUCGGCAACAGUGUCUCUUGCCCAGCAGACUGGAAGGCAAGUGGGGAGAUGUACUUGAAGCGUGCUCAACACCACUUCCAGAAAUGCAUGGAAGAGACCUGCCUAUCGACCUCGAAAAAGAGCAAAUACAAGGAGAUUUUAAUGGCAAUCUUGAGUCUUUCAAAUGCAUUUAUGUUCAAAGGAGACACAACCCAGCGACGCGCAUACCUCGUCCAAACCGAGAAGUUUAUUCGCGUUAGAGGACUCAGUCAACCAAAGUUAUCAUCUAAGAAAAGAUCGCUACACCACUGUUAUGCGUUCAUGAGGAUCAUUGCAGAAACAACAUGCGUUGCCAAUAGUACGAAUCUGCAGCUGCUCGAGAUGAAUGGUGAAACAAUCGACGACACAAUAUAUGAAGGGGACUUUCGUAUAUCUCCCAAUCUGGACUUUUCCGCCGAGUCAAUGACCGAAGAAAAGGACCCUGAAAUGGGACAGCGGGAUCUCCACCUCGCAAUCCCUGGCCGAUGGAGCUCUACGCUGUUUCCAAUAGUAUAUGGCGUUGACGAACUGUUCCUCAUGCUCCUAUCCCAAGUGAUCCGCCUCGCCAAUGAGCGCGAUCUCUCAACCAUGUGCACCAAAGCACAAGAAGAGCAUCUGAGCUUGAGGAGCUUUUGGAUACGAGCAAAAGCCAUCGAAAAGGCCAUCAAUGCCUUGAUUUACUCCUCGGCAACAGGAGAUAACCAUGCCCAUGCAGUGCAGGACAAAUCAGUAACUAUCCAAGCAAUGUCUAUGUCCCUGCUGAUCUUCUUUCAUCGCCGAGUAUACGAAGUUGAUCCUGAAAUGAUCCAAUGCAAAGUUGCUAUCGUGCGAAACUACCUGAUGCAGAUUCAAGCAGAAGAAACAAAUUCCAUCGAUGGUAACACUGCUGCGCUUAUAUGGCCUGCGUUUAUUGCUGCAUGUGAGGCGGUGGAGCCUGAUCUGCAGCUGUUCUUUUCUUCCUGGUUUGAUUAUUGUUUUGCGACUACUACCUUGGUCUAUGCAUCAGCUGCCAAACAGAUCUUUGAGACUAUUUGGACAAAGAGGUCAAAUCCAGGACUGGACGGACAAGUUUAUAGUUGGCCGGAUAUUCUGAGGGAAAGCAAUACGAUAUUUACGUGUGUAUGA